AUGACGGGGUUCCAGGCCUACGUGGAGGACGUGAGGGCCACCUGGGAGCAGGUCAAGGAGGAGUCCAAGAACGCCCCCAAGCUGGCGGGCCGCCGCACCAAGGCGGAGGCGGAGGGCCUGUCGGAGCAGGAGCAGAUCCGCAUGCAGCAGGAGCUCUUUGCCCAGGCUCGCGCGAGGUCCAUGUCGCUGGCGGAAGCGCAGGAGUCCUCCGCGCGUGCACAUGUCACGGCGCACCAGCAGCAGCAGGAGCAGCAGGGGCUGAUGGGGCCGCCGCCACCUCAUCAAACACAGCCGCAGCCCGUGGCGCGGCAGCAGCAGCACGAGGAGGGGGAGGAGGACGGUAGUGGUGGCGGUGAUGACGAUGAAAUGACAUAG